GAAACAAGAUGGCGUCCGCCAUGGCGGACGGUGGCGGCCGUUUGCUAUGGACGGAUCAAGCUACGCUAAAAGUUUUAAAUCUCAUUAGAGACCUCGACGUCGUUCACGUGUUAAAGUCGAAGCGACAGCGCAACCAGCAGACGUUCAUGACAAUUGAAGAACUCUUGUCGCCGUUGGGCUACGACUGGUCGUGGCAACAGAUCAGGUGCCACUGGAAGAACUUGAAGUCGCGGUAUAAUCAUGAGCGACGGAACUUGCGCCCAGGCCAAAAAUCUACGUGGAAAUACUAUAAUGUCAUGGAUUCUCUGCUCAAGCAACAAACGCGAGCCGAAGACUCGGCAAGCGCUCGCGGCGAUGAUUCGGAGAAUUCGUCUGGAGCUGAAAAUUCGACGGAUGCUGGACAUUAUUUACCUAGCAGUCAAGCCAUCCAGGGGUCAAGUCAGCAUGGCAGUGAUGAGUACAUUGUGCCAACGCUACAGGACCCUGGCACUUUAAGCAGCACAAAUGGAGUCCUUGUGCAACACCUUGGAGCUGCAGCUUCUGUGGAGCUUGAAACUGUGGGAGCGAACACGGUGCAGGUCAAGAAAGAAGUGGAAACUGAUGAGGAAGGGCAGUGUGAGGAGCCGCUUGUGGUGACCCCAAACGGUUCUUGUGAAGACGCAGAGACGCAACCUGCAGCUCCCAUACUGCAGGUAAUGCCCUCAGUCGAUCACUCGCUUGGUCUUGCACCUGAACGUACUGAGCUGCAGCAGAUAGAGCAAAUACUUUCAGAGCCAGACAUUGCUAAUUCCAUGAAUUCUCAAGAGGAAGCUAGUGCGGUAUCUCAGAGCAACAGCAUUGAGCGAAGCGCAGACAUCCGUACUCGGACUUCGAGGAGGUACUUCUUCACGACAGGCACACCAGGCCUUGUGGAAAAAAAGGCGAGGUUGGAGCUUGACAUUUUGGCUGCAACGAAACGGAAGCUCUUGGCUGAGCAGAUGAAGGCCGAAGCAGAGCAGCGUAAAGCUGUUGCCGAGACAUUGCUUCUCACAGAGGCACUCAAAAAGUACGAUGAGGAGAAGAAAAAAGCCAUGGCUGAGACUAUGUUUCUGGUGCAGGAGAGAAUACGAUCGGAAGAGGAGACACGACGAGCAGCAGCUAUGGCUGCCUUUCAUGUUGAGGAGAAACGUAAGGCAGCAGCCGAGGCUGAAAUGCUCAUCGAACACAAGAAGUACUUUAUGGAGCAAAGGAAAACUGAGGUAAUCAAGCGGCGUAUGCUCCUCCUGGAGUUGCAGAAAAUGCGGCGUGAACUGAAGUUAGUGCCUUGAGUGAGUUGGCCUGGCAGGUGUGCUUGCAUCGUUUGUUGGUGGAUAUGACUAAACAGGGAGCACAUGACCAGUUCUUCACUUGCAGCUUGUUGUGUUAUCAAUUGUUUUCUGAUGACAUUCAUUGCGUGAACAAAGACAAACUGGUGGUGAAGUGCGUUUGUAUGAUUCAGCAUCAUAAGGGAAACAGCAGUCGUGUCAAAUUACGGACAUGUUGUGACCACCCCCUUGCAAAGGUGGCUGUGGUUGCAGAUAGUCUUGUUGGGCAGUGUAACAGUGCACUAGUUACUGUUGCCCCUGUUUGCCAAGCACUUAUAACAUAUUUGGGAUGCCGAAACGUUGCAUUUGUUGCCCAUGCUUACCAUUCAUUUUCUCUUUAGUGGCAUGAGCAUCUAGUGACACUCUUGUUUCUUGCCCAGCACUUCCAGUUCACCUCCUCAGACGACCGGGGAUGAAAUUUAAUAUAAAUUAGAAAAAAAAACAGGAAAACAACAUUGGUUCAACAACAGCUACAUUGGUUCUCCACAAGAAAAGUAGAAAGUUACCUAUCAAGAAAGGCAGAAAACUAGGUGGGGUGAUGAAGUUAGGAGAUUUGCAGGUGUAAGUUGGAAUAGGCUAGCACAAGACAGGGGUAAAUGGAAAUCGCAGGGAGAGGCCUUCGUCCUGCAGUGGACAUAAGUAUAGUUUGAUGAUGAUUUCAGUACAAAAUUCAUGGGUUUCAUUAUAGAUAUGAUAUAAGAGCAUAAGUUUACUUACAAGUUGAGUUACUGAAGUGUCCGCAAUAAUUAGAAUUAAAAAUCACUGAGACGACCGGGGACAAAAUUCAGAAAAAAAAAACAUAGUACAGUACAAAAUUCAUGGCUUUCAUUAUAGAUAUGAUAUCGGAGCAUGAGUUUAGUUACAGGUUGAGUUAGUGAAGUGUCUGGAAUAAUUAGAAUUAGAAAUCACUGAGACAACUGGGUACGAAAUUCAAAAUAAAUAAAAAAAUAGUGCAUUACAAAAUUCAUGGGUUUCAGUAUAAAUAGGAUAUCAAAGCAUAAGCUUAGUUACAAGUUGAGCUUCUGAAGUGUCUGGAAUAAUUAGAAUUAAUUAAUUAUGAAAUUAACGCCGAGGUACGAGUGCCACUAAGAGACACCUAAGUCAAAGAUUAUGGUCGCCUACCGUUUUUUUGUCAUGUCAGCCAUAAAUGUUGGUUCAUCAAUUCAUCUCUGUACGCAUGACUUACUGUGUUGUUUUUCGCGUGUGUGCACUACAUUCUUUUUUUUUUCUUUUCACAUAAUUUGUUUUUUCUUCAGGCAUCUGGUAACUGCCCAGUCUUCCUCUGCUGUAGACAAGCAGCUGCUCUGUUCUUUUUUCGGGUAGUAUGCACAGUUGAUAUUUCGUUGUUUGUCAAUAAAUAAAAUGACCUGAUCAUUUUAUAAUUUUACAAGUGUGACUUUA